UUCAAGCAUGAUGAAUAACCGCUCGGCUUAUGUUUUAUUUGCCUUUCUUCUUCUCCGUGUCUCAGCUUUGUUUGCUCAUCAACAGGUAUACAUAGUGUAUUUGGGAGAGCAUAGUGGGGAUAAGACAUUCCAAGAAAUCGAAAACACCCACCAUUCGUAUCUGCAUUCUAUCAAGUAUUCAAAAGAGGAAGCUGCAGCCUCCAUUAUUCACAGCUACAAGAACGCCAUUAAUGGCUUCUCCGCCUUGCUCACACCUCAACAAGCUCAUGCAAUAUCAGAAAUGGAUGGAGUGGUUUCAGUGUUUCGCAGCGAGCCGGCGAGGCUUCACACGACAAGAUCAUGGGAUUUCAUCAGCUUGCUCGAAGCUAAUUGGGAUGCUUCAAAGGCUAAUGGAGAAGAACUAUUGAAGAAAGCUGGGUAUGGCCAGAAUGUCACUGUAGCCCUAAUUGACAGCGGAAUAUGGCCAGAGUCUGAGAGUUUCAGUGACACGGAUAUGGAGCCUGUUCCAGCAUAUUGGAAAGGAACUUGCCAAAGUGGUGAUCAAUUUAAUUCCUCUCAUUGUAAUCGGAAAAUAGUAGGGGCUCGCUAUUAUGUAAAGGGGUAUGAGGCUAGCUACGGACCGCUCGACCCAAAACUGGACUUCAGAUCGCCGAGGGACAUCAACGGCCACGGAACUCACACGGCGUCGACCGUUGGUGGCCGGAGGGUUCCCAACGCCGCCGCAAUAGGCGGCAUAGGCGGGGGCACGGCGAGCGGGGGCGCCCCGCUCGUGCGCCUGGCCAUCUACAAAGUGUGCUGGCCGAUUCCAGGGAAGACCCCGGCGGAAGGGAAUGCAUGCUUCGACGACGACGUGCUGGCCGCCAUAGAUGACGCCGUCGCCGACGGCGUUCAAGUGAUUAGCGUUUCCAUUGGGAGGUUUACUAGCAUUCCCUAUGUCAGAGAUGCCAUUUCCAUUGGAGCGUUGCAUGCUGUGAAAAAGAAUAUUGUGGUAGCUUGUAGUGCUGGCAAUUCCGGCCCUACUCCGUCCACCGUCUCCAACGUUGCCCCGUGGAUCAUCACUGUCGCCGCCAGUAGCAUCGACCGCGUGUUCUCGUCGCCUGUCAAGCUUGGAAACGGCGUCGCAUUAGAGGGUCAGUCAAUCACUCCAUUUGAUGAGGCAGGGAUGUAUCCCCUCGUCUACGCAGCUGAUGUAGAAAUUCCAGGCUCCACAACAAAUCAAACCAUUGGGUUAUGCAUGAACGGCACGCUUUCACCGGAUCUUGUGAAAGGGAAAGCCGUAUUCUGCUGGACAGGAGACACUUUCGAAACUCUCGAAGUGGCCCGAGCAGGCGGCAUCGCGGCUGUGCUCAGAAACUCCGACGAAGGAAUGGGUGUAGUAGGCCGGCCUUAUAUGAUUCCAGCAACAAUUAUUCUCUCUAACGAAAUCCCCACCAUUUAUAACUACAGUGCAUCUGAUAAAGCAGCAACGGCAGCAUUGACGCCCGUCAACACUUUAUCCGGCCCCAAGCCAGCUCCCUUCAUGGUUGCCUUCACCUCCAGAGGCCCUAGCCGCAUCGAACCCAAUAUUCUCAAGCCAGAUAUUACUGCUCCGGGACUCAAUAUAGUAGCAGCAUGGAGCGAGGCAUCGUCUCCGUUAAACGUGCCGGCCGACAAGAGAGUGGUGAAGUACCAAUUCGAUUCUGGGACAUCGAUGUCGUGCCCGCAUGUUUCCGCAGUUGCCGCACUCGUCAAGGCGAUACACCCUCACUGGAGCAGUGCCGCCAUAAGAUCUGCCCUCAUCACCACUACAAAGGCGACCAACAACCAAGGCAAAAGCAUAACAGACGCGCAAGGAAAUCCUUCAAACCCAUUCGAAUUCGGAGCAGGACACAUCCAGCCGUCGAUGGCCGCUGAUCCGGGGCUCGUCUACGAUGCAAAUUACGGAGACUAUCUACUCUUCCUCUGCGGAAGCAGCGACAACCAACUCGACCCAUCUUUCCACUGCCCCGACGACAUACCUCCGGCGAGCCAUUUCAACUAUCCGUCGCUCGCGAUUGCUGAGUUGGAGGGAUGGGUGACGGUGGGGAGAACCGUUACAAACGUGGGGCCUGCGACAUCGUCGUAUUCGGUGACGAUCAAUCAGCCGGCGGGUUACACGGUGGAGAUCGCGCCAACGGCGCUGAGCUUCAAUGCGGUAGGGGAAAAGCAGACGUUCAAUAUCACUGUUAAAGCUGGGAGCGGUGCUGUUAAGAAUGUUUAUGCUUUCGGUUCAUUUGUUUGGAGUGAUGGGACUCAUCAAGUCACUAGUCCUAUUGCACUCUCCAAAACUUAUUAAUCUUCUUUAGUCUAUGAAUUGUAUCAUGCAUCUCCUUUUUACUAAGUAUCAUAUAAUAAUAAAAUAAAUUAUC